AUGGCACUUCGGUUCAGUUCGGCCCUGUCAUCUACAUCCAACGUGCGGUUCAUCCUUGAUUGCUACUCCGGUCUCAAGACUUCUCCCUCGCAUCCAGCUACAUAUGCGCCAGGUGCUAUCACUCAUUGUUUUUGGCAUCAGGAGGACACGCCUGGUAACAGAGAUGAGAUGCGAGCCUCACCAGAUGUCCUUACUCCAGCAAUGCCCAGUGAACACACUGAGCUUUUCCCUUACUUUGAGGGUUAUUGUGGCACCCCCAUCUCGGCAUUAGCACCGUCGCAGCAAGGUGGUGCUGUCCAUAACAUUGCAUAUUGUUGUUGUCCAGUCUCAGCUGUGAAUAUGCAGCCCACCCCUCCUGUUGAUGAGUUUGCAAGUCUGUCGUUGACAGAACAGAAAGCACUGUGUUUGCUUGCUGAUGGCAAAGGUAUCCGCAUGUCAUCUGACGAAUGGCAACAUCGAAGCUGGUGUUCAAAAAUAAAUGAUAAGCGCAUUCGACUGUUGAACUCCCUUGCGCAGCAACUGAAAGCCAAACUGAUAGCAGCUGGCAUGCUCAACCUCGCAUUGCCUGAGGUCAAAAUUCACCUCGAUAGCUCCAAGUCAUCCGAUCUGCAUAGCAAGAAAGACUUGAGAAUAUUUCCUGCAAACAUCAGUACUGAGGAUCCAACAGAACCCGCUUUCAACACAUUAGUGCGCAUCAUGGCGACAAGGCAUCACUGGAUGGCACAGAUGGCAGGUCACGCUAGCAUCAAGUUCUAUGUUGAACUUGUGCUAAAAGGUCGAAAUGAGAGGGAAAAGAAAGUGACCGAGGAUGCCUUUGUCAUUAGGACAUUCCGGAAUGUGAUGUUCAAGUGGGACACUCAGUUUGACGCAGAGAACUACACCAUCAGUGUCCCUUUGUCCAAUACUGGGCGACCGGAUGUGACAAUAUCUGUUUUCGACAAGGUCAUUGUGAGGAUUGAGGUUGAUAAAGAUAAGAAUACUCAGAGAGGGCAGGUUAAGAUGACGCUUCUUGCAUAUCCACCACUGUCCGGUGUCAUGCACUGCCUAUCUGCUAUACUUGUGAAACAAUGCAGCAAAGGUCUAGAAAUGGAUGCAGAAGGUGCCACUUAUUGGCCGAUGCAGCGCGGGAAAGCGGCGGGUGCACACGCAUAG